AUGGGUUCCGUCGUACUCCCCCAUCUUGUUACCGGCUGGCAUGUCGACCAGGCGAUCAUGUCCGAGGACGAGCGACUGGUCAUCAUUCGCUUCGGUCGUAAUUGGGAUCCCGAUUGCAUGCGGCAAGAUGAAGUCCUCUAUCGAAUCGCCGACCGUGUUAAGAACUUCGCCGUCAUCUACGUGUGCGACCUCGACCAACACAUGAUGUGCGAUUUCGGGACCGGCAACAAUAACAAGUUGAACUGGGUGCUGGGGGACAAGCAAGAGUUGAUUGAUAUCAUCGAGACUAUCUACCGUGGAGCGAAGAAGGGUCGCGGUUUGGUUGUCAGUCCGAAGGAUUACUCCACCAGAUACCGAUACUAG